CAGAUAGAACGUACCGGAGUGAGCUGCAGAUUGAUGGGCUGUACCACCCUGCGGGGGGGAGGUACUGCUAUCUCACACCCUCCUCGCCCUAUAGUGUGUCAAUCUCACCAGCAGGGCAAUGUUCGCAGAGCGCUCCUAACCUCCUGCCCCGCUGGUAUCGCAUGUUAUCACAGGAGGUGGUGUGGGAGAAACGGGAUACGGACCGGAUUCACAGCGACCCUCCUCCCCCUUCCUCCCAUUGUUGACCUGCUCCCGCCCCUCUCUCCCAUCACAAGCUCCUGCUGCAGGGCAGGCUGGCUGCUGAGUGCACGGGCUGGCUUUCCCUGUGUGCCAUACAGCCUGGCUUAUCGGACGAUGCCUGACUCCGGGGCCAAGGAUCUGAGACUCCAUUAACCAGCGGCAGCCAUAGGCUCAGCUUGGGACCAUUGAGGAUUUAUAAGGGAGCGGAGGAUGUUCUGAGGAGGCUCCAUUCAUCGUUUUUUGGAAAUACUUUACAAUAAAAGAUGCCGCUGGUGAAAAGAAACAUCGAACCCAGGCACUUGUGCCACACUGUCCUCCCCAGGGGUAUCAAGAAUGAACUGGAAUGUGUUACCAACAUCUCACUCGCAAAUAUAAUUAGACAGCUUAGCAGCUUGAGUAAAUAUGCAGAAGAUGUAUUUGGGGAACUCUUUAAUGAGGCACACAGUUUUUCCUUCAGAGUGAAUUCCUUGCAAGAGCGUGUGGAUCGGUUAUCUGUUAGUGUAACCCAGCUUGAUCCAAAAGAAGAAGAGCUUUCAUUACAAGAUAUCACAAUGAGGAAAGCCUUUCGAAGUUCAACCAUUCAGGAUCAACAGCUGUUUGACCGCAGAACUUUGCCAAUUCCGCUCCAUGAAACAUAUGACUUAUGUGAACAUCCUCCUCCUCUAAAUAUACUAACUCCCUACAGAGACGACGGUAAAGAAGGCUUGAAAUUUUACACUAAUCCAUCCUACUUCUUUGACUUAUGGAAAGAGAAGAUGCUACAGGACACAGAGGACAAGAGGAAAGAAAAGCGGAAACAGAAACAGAAGAAUAUUGAUCGACCACAUGAACCAGAAAAGGUGCCUCGAGCUCCGCAUGACAGACGUCGUGAGUGGCAGAAGUUGGCUCAGGGUCUGGAGCUGGCUGAAGAUGAUGUAGAAUUUAUACAUAAACAAAUUGAAAUUGCUAAUGGUCCACAUUUCGAAACAAGGCCCCAAGCUUAUGGAGAAACAAUUGAUGGACCCUUCUCACUGGCUGCAUUGCCCUACAGUCAAAUGAAUGAUCUACUAAACAGAGUUGAAGAUCGAGUGUUGGUGAGACCACACGAACCACCUCCUCCUCCACCAGUGCAUGCACCAGGAGAUGGAAAGGCCAUGCCUCCUAUGAUUAGUGCCACAUCAGGGUUGAAUGACAACAGGCCACAGUCUCCUGCCAUGGGAAGAACGCAAGUGUUUGUUAGUCCCUCACCUCCUCCACCUCCACCCCCUCUACCUCCUCCUCCCCCUCCUCUUCCAUCUGCUCUUUCGGCAUCUUCGCUGCGAUCAUCUAUAUCUUCGACUCCACCACCACCUAUUCCUCCUCCGCCUCCACCACCAACUGCUAACUUGCAGACUACAAUCAUGCCACCACCACCAACUCCACUCCAAAUAGCACCUGGUGUCCUUCACCCUGCUGCUCCUCCUAUUGCGCCUCCCCUCGCACAGCCUUCCCCUCCAGUAUCACGUGCUGUUGAAAAUGUGCCAGUACACCCACUUCCACAAAUGGAGGCACAAGGUCUUCCCCCACCACCACCACCUCCUCCUUUACCCCCACCAGGAAUGCGACCCUCUUCCCCUGUUGCAGUCCCACCCCUCUCUCAUCCUCCCACUGGUCUUCAUCCUCUUGCUUCUAUUGUUCCCGGUUCGCAUGCUCCUUUACUUCCUCCCUCCCCACCCUCUCAAGUUGUUCCUGACACCAAGAGACAUCCAUCAACGCUCCCAGUCAUUAGUGAUGCUAGAAGUGUUCUUCUGGAAGCUAUACGAAAAGGUAUUCAGCUCCGCAAGGUUGAAGAGCAACGCGAGCAAGAAGCUAAACACGAACGUAUCGAAAAUGAUGUGGCUACUAUUCUGUCUAGGCGCAUUGCUGUAGAAUACAGCGAUUCUGAAGAUGAUUCAGAGUUUGAUGAGGUCGAGUGGCUGGAGUAGAACCCAUUUUACAUAGUUACACACUACAAACUGGAAUGCUGAUGUAAAAUUGUGGUGCUUGUUUUUUGAACAUGUUUGGUCAUUUAUAGUGUUUUGUAUCUUUAUUAAACCUUUGAGUGGCAAAGUCAUGCUGUAUUCGCUUCUGACACCCAAAGAUUUAAUUUACACCACCGGAAUAAUUCAUGGUUUUUGUACUCUUAGUUUACAGUAAAACUAGAAAUCUUGACAUCAAUAUAAAGUGGCUUAUUACCAUUCUGUUUUGGGAAGACAGUAAUUUUUUCAAUAGACCACUAAGUAUUAAGAAUGGGCAGCUGUCAAGUUAUA